CCGCCGAGGGGCGGCGGCCGCGCAGUCUCCCGGCCGCACGGACGGACGGACGGACACGCCGCGCGGGAGUCGAGCUGGGCGUACGGCCAGGCCAUGCCCGGGGAGGCCGCCCGAGCCGAGUUGCUGCUGCCCGAGGCAGAGGGGCCCGGGCGCCGGACAGAUCUGUCCUGCCAUGCAGCUGUGGCUCCUGACCCUCGAGGGGAGGUGCUGGAGCCUUGUGCCCUGAGUCCUGUGCCCUGCACCCUGGGCCUCAGCUUUCUGCCCAACAAGCCCGGGGCCCGGCCCCCGCCAGAGGGAGCCAGCUGGGAUGCAGGGCCUGGCAGUGCCUCCCCAGAGGGUGGCCCCAGCCCUAAGACCCCUGAGGUUCUGCCCUCAGAGGGUCUUCUCCCCACCACCCUGGAGCCUCGGAUUGUGAUGGGCGAGGAGACGCAGUGGGGGACCACCCUGCCUGAGCUCAGGAAGCAGGGGGGGAUGCCCUGCAGACUAAGCCCCGCACCCGAAGCAUGUUCUCGGGACGAUUCUCCCGUGCCUUUCCCUGCCCUAGACCCUGAGUCCUAUUUCACGCCUCCUUCUACUCCCGAUGCCUCCUUCACCCUGCUGACCAGCCAGCUGAGUGGCCACGGCCACCGGGAUGUGCCCACCAAUCCUGGAGACUCACCACCCACCUCCCCCUCAGGCUCCUAUGUCACAGCAGAUGGGGACAGCUGGGCCUCGACGCCCUCCUGCUCUCUGAGCCUGCUAGACUCAGCUGAAGUGCUGGAUACUCCCUCAGACUGGGGCCACCCCCUGCUGCCAGGACUCCGGGAGGGUGAGUGGGCACAGGCUCCCUCUGGGCGACCUGGCUCCUCCUCGCCUGAAUCCAGCCUUUCCUCGGACAGCAGCAAUUCCUGGAGCCAGGAGGGCCACUUGGAUCUGGAUUUCCUGGCCAAUGACCUCAUGAUCCCGGCGGAUCUCCUGCCCUUCCAAGGCAGCCUCAUCUUCCAGGUGGACACUGUGGAGGUGAUGCCACUGCUGACCGAGAACGAGGAGGACGAGGACGAGGAGGACGAGGACAAAGAGGAGGAAGAGGAAGAGGAGGAGGAAGAGGAAGAAACAGCCCCAGCAGAGGGGGACGUGGAGGACGACAGCACCUUCGCGUCCUCCCUGCAGUCACUGUCAGACCUCUCCAUCGCUGAGGGCAUGGACGAGGCCUUUGCCUUCCGGGACGAUGCCUCAGCGGCAUCCUCAGACCCAGACUCUGUGUCCUACACAGGAGCAGAUGAUGAGCAUCUGUACAGCAGGGAGCCCCAUGCCCAGCCUGCAACACUGCCCCCAGAGCUCCACAUCUCGGAGGGCAAGAGCAGCCACACCCAUGAGAACCUUGGACCCACUGAUGGCUGCUGGCAGAAAGCCCCAAUCAUCCCCAGGCCGAGUCCUCAGGUCUGGGGUGCAGAGACAGGCUCCUGCCCAGAGCCCCAGCAGGUCAGAGCCUGCGCUGCCUCAGUCCAUGAACCCCCCACUCUGCAGGAAGAAGCGGGCCUAGAGAGUGUCCCAGACUCUCCCAGAAACCUGGAGAAAGCAGACCCAGCUGUCCCCAUGGAGGUUAGCCCCAAGCCCUGGCAGGCCCUGGCAGGCUUGGCCUUACUCCCAGAGUCCAUCCCUGGGCCCACAGCUGCAUCUCUGCCAGAGCCCUGCCCUGUUCUCCCUGGCCCGCUGGCCCUGCACACGCUCACAGGCAGCACAUCAAAGACAGAGACUGGGACUCACACAGCCCCACAGAAAAGAGAUGGGACCAGGGCGCAGAUACCAGCACCGGAACCUGUGGCCAGCUGUCCUGCAGAAGAAUCAUCACACAAUCCCCACACACAUCCAGUCUCACAGGGCCGUGGGAAGAUCCCUGAGCCCCCAUGUGCCCCGCAGGAAGGAGCCCUGGGCCCCGCAGGAGCAGAGGGGGAACUCCGGCCCCAGCCACGCUCACACACAGGUGAUGGUGUAGGUCCCCUGUCUCCCCCAAAGGCUGGGCAGUGGGGUGAUGGGGUCUUAGAGCCAGAGAUGGAGUGUACUGGGCAGGUUCCUGAGAGCAGCGUCUCAGGGACCCAGACAGCCAGGGGUAUACAGAUCAGCGGGGCCCAGUGCCUGAGCCCUGUGAAUGGGUGGACCAGCCUGGGGCGCCCCUGGACUGAGGGCUCACCGAUUUCCCUGGAUCCCUGCUUAGAACCUCAGCAUGCUCCUCCACAGUCGGAGCUUCAGGAACCCAAGCUGCACCAGGGCUGUGGGGGACAGGCCCAGGAGCUGCCCAGAACCUGCAACCGCCCCAAACCCCAGCCCCCCGAGAGUCUUUCCAGGGUCAUGCCCACUGCGCCCCGGGACAGGCUCUCAGGUGCCCUCCCUGGGACAGCUCUUCUCCCCACGGCGCCACACACACAACCCCGACGCCAAGGCCACUCAGAGGCAGGGGCGGAAGGUAAAGGGACCAAAAGCUCCCCAGGCCCCCGCCCACCCUCACGGGUCUCGGGCGCCACCUCAGGGACCAAGGACACUCCCAGGGCCCGGCAGCAGCCCGGCCUCCCCGCCCACUCCCCACUCCUCAGCCCCAAGGUGGCCCCUGCAGGCGACACCCAGGCCAAAGACUCAGCCUCGGGGACCGCGGCCGCCAGGUCAGCACCUGCUGGUUCUGGGCCCCGGAACCCCGCCGGCCCUCACCGGCUCUCGACGCCUCGGCAGCCGCUGGACGACCAGGACAGCCCGGAGGAGGGCUCCGGGCAGCACUCGGACAGUCCCGGGGACUCGUCAGCAGAGGCGGAGGACCAGGAGCUCCCCAUUCCUCGGACAGAACAGGCUCUGGCCAGCAGUGGCAGUGAGGACACAGCAGCUAAAGCCAAGCAGAGUCGCAGCGAAAAGAAGGCCCGGAAGGCCAUGUCCAAGCUGGGCUUGCGGCAGAUCCAGGGGGUCACCAGAAUCACAAUCCAAAAGUCCAAGAACAUCCUGUUUGUCAUCGCCAAGCCCGACGUCUUCAAGAGCCCAGCCUCGGAUACCUAUGUGGUCUUUGGGGAGGCCAAGAUCGAGGACCUGUCCCAGCAAGUUCACAGAGCUGCUGCAGAGAAGUUCAAGAUGCCCCCGGAACCUCCCACUCUGGCCCCCGAGUCUGUGCCCCGUCCCCGGGUGAGGCCCGAGUGCCAGGAGAUGGAGGAGGAGGAAGAGGAGGUGGAUGAGACAGGACUGGAGCUGCGGGACAUCGAACUCGUGAUGGCUCAGGCUAGUGUGUCCAGAGCAAAGGCGGUGCGAGCUCUGCGGGACAGCCAGAGUGACAUUGUCAAUGCCAUCAUGGAGCUGACAAUGUAGCCUCCUGCCUGCGACCUCCGACCCAGCCCUGGCUUUGACCAAUAAAGGAGUAUCAGCCA